UGAUACACAUACGUUGAAGGUGGUUGAUCUAAAUUUAAAAAUUUCAAGCAGUGUUUUCCGAUUGCAUUGCGACAGCACUUGAAAAAUACCUAGAAUUGUGGAAAGUAUUUUCAUCUUCAGUUUUGUUUCCUCAAUUCAGGAUAUUUAAUAAAAAUGAAUCGAAUUUUAUUGUUCGGAAUUAUACUGCUGAGUACAAUUGUUUCAUCUUUAAACGGCAAGAAGUGUUCAGAAUAUAUCGAUAUCAGAGAUGAUCUAAGCGGGCGAGUGGAGUCUCCAACGAAUUAUGAAGAAUGUCAGGAGAGUAAAAUGCAUUGUUCAUGGAAGUUUUUUUUCCCAACUUAUCUACAUCAUACCAUGUUCCGAAUGACUUUCACAACCAAUUUUGUACAAACAGAUAAAAAUCUUAUACAGAUGAGUGGUGGGUUUCAACCAAGAUGUUUAGGUUGUUCGAGAAAGCAUUACAUCAAUUUUAAAUCAGUCAAAGACGAAAUAUGUUGGGUAACGUACAACUCUGAUCUCUGCUUUGGCAGAAUCAUGCUAUCAGGAUGCAAUGUAAGACCACGGGAGUCCACACGUCAUACGUCACAAGUCACGCCCACGUCAGUUUCAUACAUAUGCAAACCAUCAAAAGCCCAAUUUAACUUGAGCUACGAAUAUAUCGAUUGCAUGACGGGAAACAGAAUAGAAUCCCCGGAAACUACAACGCAACCUACAACCUAUGAACCAAUCGCUGAGAAUUCCAAAGACGAUCUCAUAUCGCUUUCCCCUCAAACAAUUGGUAUAAUCAUCGGAGCGAUUGUUCUGGCAUUCGUUCUGCAAAUUAUAACAUGCAAAGCAUAUUUUUAUUGGAAAAAUAGAAAUCGUCGACCUAAAGAGGGAGAGAAUCAGAUCAAUACUCGUGUUGUGAACCGCCCGUUACCAGAUCCGCCUUCAGAUUCUUUGUACGAAGAAGUGAAUAUUCCACUGUCUAGAACUGAAGCUGGAGCAACACCGCAAAUCACGAUACCGAUGGAUUACGCACGAUAUAUUGCGCACACCAAUGUUAACACGUCACGUCCAAGGAAUAACCAGGCAUUUCCACAACCGGCCAUGGCAUCAUCGAGUCAGGGUGGAUAUGCAGUCGCGCGUAUGUGAAAUCGCCCGAACCCGAUUACAUACCUAUGGAAAGCAUACGAUUUUGUUCGGCUUUCUAGAAUAACCCGACUGCGAAUAUUUGAAUUGAAAAUAUGUUUUAUAAACUAUAAUUUUCGCCUUACUUAUUUCAUUUCGCUCCGUAAGCGAGUCCGACUGAAAUAAUUAAGUCAGAAAUAAGUUAACCUAACCUUUUUGUUGUUGAUGAUGAUGACAAAGUAAAAAG